AUGACUAACACAAACUACAAGACCGUCUAUUCACCAUCAUUUCUCACCCUCUUCUAUGACAAAUAUGUCCUCGGUUUCAACAUGAGGUACAUGUGGGGAUGUCCCACGGAUGACAUCCUCCUCCCCUUCUUCAGCGAGAACUUCUCGCGCAACCAUCUCGAUGUUGGUGUCGCCACCGGCUACUUCCCCGCCGUUGCGCUGGCCCGGCCGUUCCGCACCAACAGCAAGCAACGUCUUACGCUCGUGGACUUGACGGCUCCCCCGUUGAAUGCAACGAAGACCCGUGUCCUGUCCGUGACGUCGGCAACUGAAGUCAAUUGCGUCGAGGCCGACGUCACGGAGCCGCCACCCAAGGCGCUCUUGGGUGAACGUUAUGACUCCAUCUCCAUGUUCAACUUAUUCCACUGCAUGCCCGGUGGUAAGGGAAAACUUCGCGCCUUUGGAACAUACAAGGAACUGCUGAGCGAGGAUGGCGUUCUCUCUGGCUGUACUGUGCUGGGCCCCAGGGAGUCGACUGGCUUUCUGACCAAGUUCUACCUCCGUUGGUACAACAAGUGGUGGGGCGUUUUCAACAACUGGGACGACAAUGAGGAGGACAUCAGGGAAGCGCUGGACCAGGAAUUUGAGGAAGUUGAGACAUGGGUGAUUGGGAACACAAUGCUUUUCAGGGCGAAGAAGCCCAGAAAAGCACUUUUGGACGUCUAA